GCUGAAAGGCUUUACAGGCUUCAAUAGGCAUUACAGGGUUCAAGUCUGUUUUCCUGCGACCCAUGUCAUGAUGCGCUUGGCCGGCUUGGGCCGCCUGGGCCCGGGCCGCUCGGGCCGCUCGGUCUUCCUGCGCUUGGCGUGCCGGGGCUUCAGCACGCGGCCCAAUGUGGUGAUUCUGGGCACGGGCUGGGCGAGCUUCCGCGUGCUGGCGGACAUCGACGCCAAGAGGAACAACGUCACGGUGAUUUCCCCGAGGAACCACCUGCUCUUCACUCCCAUGUUGGCAUCUUCAGCGCUCGGCACCGUGAAUCAGCGCUCCAUCUGCCAGCCUGUGAGGCCUCUAGUGGCAAAGAAGAAUGCCACCUACUACGAAAGCUUUGUGGUGGGUGUGGACAAGGCCAAGAAGCUGGUGAACUGCAAGACCUUGGGCGGAGCCGAGUACUUGAUUCCCUAUGACAAGCUGGUGGUCGGCGUCGGCUUUCAGCCGAUGAACGAUUUCAAUAUCCCGGGCGUCAAAGAGAACGCCUUGUUCAUGAAAGAAACUGCAGAUGCCACGCGCUUCAAGGACCAUGUCCUUGAAAAGCUGGAGGAGGCGAAUUACUACACCGUCUUGGACAACGACCCGAAUAUGAGUGAAGAGGAGAAAGCAAAGAUUCAGGAGCUGCUGACGUUUGUUGUGGUGGGAGGAGGCCCGACGGGUGUGGAGCUGUGUGGUGAGCUCACCGAUUUCCUCUACAACGAGGGUGCCAGGCUGUACGGGCACUUGAAGAGCUUCAUCCGAGUUCACAUGUUCACUUACGACUUGCUGAACACGUUCGACCAGGAGCUGCAAGACUACGCCAUUUCGCACUUGCGCAAGAAGCAAAACGUCCAGGUCCACCUUGGGGCCUUCGUCCAGAAGGUGGAGCCUCAUGUGGUGCACGUGAAGCUCGGCGAGAGCAGCAUGUCCAUCCGCUACGGCACGCUGGUAUGGUGCGCCGGGAUCAAGCCCCACCCCUUCGUGAAGAGCUUCGGCUUCGCCAUGAACGAGCGGGGCUCCCAGAUCCUGGUGGACCGGUUCCUCAAGGUGAAGGGCGAGGAUGACAUCUUCGCCAUCGGCGAUUGCUCCACCAUUGAGGACUACUGGCUGCCGCAGACCGCGCAGGUGGCCAACCAGGAGGGCCAGUAUUUGGCCAAAUGCUUGAGCAACAAGGACUCUUCAAACAUCAAGCCCUUUGAGUUUCACAACAAGGGCAUGAUGGCCUACUUGGGCGGAUUCAAUGCUGUCAUGGCCAAUCUGCCCGGAGUCAACCGCAUCACUGGCUUCAUCGCAUUUCUGGGUUGGCGUUUCACUUACUGGUUUUUGCAGCUCUCCAUGAGAAAUCGCUUCAUGUUGUCCACCGACUGGUUUCGAUGAACACUUCUCUUCGGACGAGAUCUCACACGUUUCGGACCCAGAUCGCGACCAACAUAAUUCAUUGCUUGAUUGAUCGAUUGACACAUCUCACUCCUUUUCCAAAAUGAAUCAACUAGUAGC